GCUCUUUUCCUCUCGUGUCGGCAACGUCAAUUAUAACUAUGGCGAGACAAAAACAUCCAUUGAUAGGAGAUCCUCGAUUACUAGAGCCGAUGUGCGGUCAAUCAUUGUGGGUUUUGAACCCAAUGGUCUAUAAUGAUACUUGAGUCUUAUCUCUCAGAACGCCGGCGGCACCGGACCGCAUGAAAGUUCGAUAGCCCAUUGUACUGAUUAUUCACACUACUUGAUAGGCACCGUCUUGGCCAUUGAUCAUGCAUCAUAGAUGUAUAUAUACAUAUAUAUUCUUCUAAAAUGCCCAGCCUACUUGUGUUGUUCAACUAAGUUACAGCUCGACCUACACAACCUUGGUCUAAAGUACUCAUUGAACAUAUAUAUCGAUCUAGUGGGCGACUCUCAUCUACCGACUUUCACAUAUUCUUACUUGAGAUCUUUACCAAGAAACAUACCUUGCAUUAUUUCUCCUGCUUCAGAAAGCGAGAUUAGGAGCUUUAGUUCCCCACAACAGAAAUGCCUGCUCAAUCUGGUUUCAGGUCGUUAGAUAUUGGUGUAGUAGGGGGUGGAAUUGGAGGCUUAAGUACUGCUAUUGCUUUGCGUCGUGCUGGACAUCGAGUCACAAUAUACGAACGUGCAGAUUACGCUGGAGAAGUUGGUGCUUCAGUUUCUUGCGCUGCUAACGGCACAAAAUGGUUACAUGAAUGGGAUGUCCCAGUUGAGAAGGGAGAUCCUGUCAUCUUGAAAAAGCUAAUCCGACGUGAUUGGAAAACUGGAGAGCCUGAUUCUGUGUAUGAUCUCGAUGACUAUGAGGAGAAGUGGGGGCAUGUUUACAACAUGUUCCACAGGCAAUACAUGCACGCUAUGCUUAUGGACAGUGCUGUAGCUGAACCAGAAAAGCCGGGAGUACCAGCUAAAUUACUUGUCAAUCACAAGUGCUCUGGACUUGAUGUUGAAACUGGAACUAUCACAUUUGAAAAUGGAAAUACUGCAGUGCAUGACGUUGUCAUUGGAGCUGACGGCAUUGGAUCCGCAAUUCGUUCCCUCAUUGGCAUCAAAGUUGAAAGGAGAGCAGCCGAUGCCAGUUGUCUACAUGCCAAUGUGGACACCGAAGAAGCAGUGAAGCUUGGCUUGGUUGAUUACUCGCAGAAUAGUGCACUUGAAUAUUGGGGAGGUCUGAAUACCCAUUACAAGAUUGUCCUUUCGCCUUGCAAUGGUGGUAAACUACUAUCUUAUUACUGUUUCUUCCCAAGAGAAAAGGGUGAUUAUUCCAACCAGGCAUGGGGCGCGAAAGGAACAGUAGAAGAACUCCUUGCUCCUUUCCCAGAUCUUGACCCCCAGGUUUACAAACAUUUGUCGAUCGGAAAGGACGUUGCUCCCUGGAGAUUGUGGAUUCACGAACCUUAUCCAUACUGGCAAAAAGGCAAUGCUUGUGUCAUAGGAGAUGCAGCUCACCCUAUGAUGCCAGAUCAAAGUCAAGGAGCAUGUAUGGCCAUCGAAGAUGCAGCAGCUCUUGGUAUUGUUUUCAGCGACAAACAUUUCAACGGCGAUGUGCAAGAGGCCUUGAGAGUUUAUGAGCAAGUCAGAAAACCUCGUGCAACCCGCGUACAAGCUGCUGCUGCAAAGGCAAGAGAGAACAUUAAUGAACGUAUUGGUUUCUCAAGUAACACCGACUCAGCAGUAUACAAAGUUUCUGACGAGAAGGCAAAAUUGACGAUUGAAGAAAUGAAUGCAUAUGACAUGCACGAUGACGUUCUGAAGAAUUAUGCACAAGUUAGAGGAGAGGUUUCUUGAAUAAAGACAUUGCGAUUGUUGGAAUAUUUUGGUAUGGGAAAAAUCAAUAGAAGGCUCCUAAUGUGUUCUUCAUUUUGUACAUAGACGCGUUUUGGUAUCGGAGUUUUGGUGCUGGGCUAGCGAAUGCAUCUAAUCGAUCUUUUGCAACCAAUCCUUUAAUUUUAUUCUAUCAUCUCCUCAUGAGAAGUAUUUCAACUUCACUAGAUGUUUGUGAAGUCCAGAACUUGUCGCUGUUUGAUGUUUUUAUGUAUAUACUGUGCAGCUAAAUUUUCGUGGAAUGAUUAGAUAUCA